AGGUGAGGGACGGGCGGGGCCUGACAGCAGGCCUGGAAGGAACAGGAUGUCUACGCUGGAGAGGGAGGGAGAGGACAGUGCCAAAACCCAGCUCCUGGCCAGUCCCCAGCUCCUCCCUGCCUGGCCCUAUCCCAGGAUCCCCUCCCCAGCCUCCCAGCUAUGAUGUACCCCAGGGCCCAGACUUCAGGCGCCCUCACAAUGCCGGCGGUCAGAGGUCCAGGUCCCUUGUUCUGCCUUGUCCUCCUGCUCCUAGACCCCCACAGGCCUGAGACGGGGCGUCCUCCUCUGCGCAGGUUUGAGUACAAGCUCAGCUUCAAAGGCCCAAGGCUGGCAUUGCCUGGAGCUGGAAUACCCUUCUGGAGCCAUCAUGGAGACGCCAUCCUGGGCCUGGAGGAAGUGCGGCUGACGCCAUCCAUGAGGAACCGGAGUGGCGCCGUGUGGAGCAGGGCCUCUGUCCCCUUCUCUGCCUGGGAAGUAGAGGUGCAGAUGAGGGUGACGGGACUGGGGCGCCGGGGAGCCCAGGGCAUGGCCGUGUGGUACACCCGGGGCAGGGGCCAUGUAGGCUCUGUCCUUGGGGGGCUGGCCUCGUGGGACGGCAUCGGGAUCUUCUUUGACUCUUCGGCAGAGGAUACUCAGAACAGUCCUGCCAUCCGUGUGCUGGCCAGCGAUGGGCACAUCCCCUCUGAGCAGCCUGGGGAUGGAGCCAGCCAAGCGCUGGGCUCCUGUCAUCGGGACUUCCGGAACCAGCCACACCCCUUCAGAGCACAGAUCACCUACUGGGGUCAGAGGCUGCGCGUGUCCUUGAACAGUGGCCUCACUCCCAGUGAUCCAGAUGAGUUCUGCAUGGAUGUGGGGCCCCUGCUUUUGGUCCCUGGAGGUUUCUUUGGGGUCUCAGCAGCCACCGUCACCCUGGCAGACGAUCAUGAUGUCCUGUCCUUCCUGACCUUCAGCCUGAGUGAGCCCAGCCCAGAGGUUCCCCCUCAGCCCUUCCUGGAGAUGGAGCAGCUCCGCCUGGCGAGGCAGCUGGAAGGGCUGCGGGCAAGGCUGGGCUUGGGCACCAGGGAGGAUGUAACUCCAAAGUCAGACUCUGAAGCUCAAGGAGAAGGGGAAAGGCUCUUUGACCUGGAGGAGAUGCUGGGCAGACACAGCCGGAUCCUGCAGGCUCUGUGGGGUCUCUCCGAGCAGCUGGCCCAGGCUGAGAGACAAUGGAAGAAGCAGCUGGGGCCCCCAGGCCAAGCCGGGCCUGAUGGAGGCUGGGCCUUGGACUCUUCCUGCCAGAUUCCAUCCACCCCAGGGAGGGGUGGCCACCUCUCCAUGUCACUCAAUAAGGACUCUGCCAAGGUCGGUGCCCUGCUCCAUGGACAGUGGACUCUGCUCCAGGCCCUGCAAGAGAUGAGGGAUGCAGCUGUCCGCAUGGCUGCAGAAGCCCAGGUCUCCUACCUGCCUGUGGGCACUGAGCAUCAUUUCUUAGAGCUGGGCCACAUCCUGGGCCUCCUGCAGAAGGAGAUUCGGGUCCCGGCAAAGGCAGUGGCCAAGGCCCCCCGCCCACCUGGCCAGCCCCCAAGGGCCUCCUCGUGCCUGCAGCCUGGCAUCUUCCUGUUCUACCUCCUCAUUCAGACUGUAGGCUUCUUUGGCUACGUGCACUUCAGGCAGGAGCUGAACAAGAGCCUUCAGGAGUGUCUCUCCACAGGCAGCCUUCCUCUGUGUCCUGCACCACACACCCAGGGCCCCAGGGCCCCAGGGAUUCUGAGGAGGCAGCCUCUCCCUGCCAGCAUGCCUGCCUGACCCACCUCAGAGCCUGCUUUGCAUCACUGGGAAGCAGGCAGUGUCUUGGGUGGGGGCUUGGUCAGUAUCCUCUCUGUCUGGGUGCCCAGCUCCCACCCACACCUGAGCUUUCGGCAUGCUCCCACCUUAUUAAAGGUAAUUUCCC